UUCGCCCCAUUAAAACAUGGCGAGAUUUAAGUUGUGUGCGUGAUGUUCUGACAAUAAUAUCACAGGUUUUAAAAAUGUCCAGUGUACCGUCCGGCAGGAGGAAUGGUGCACAAAAGAUUCGGCUCACCAUUUUGUGCGCCAGAAAUCUGGUCAGGAAGGACCUGUUCCGUCUUCCGGACCCUUUUGCGAAGGUGACGGUGGACGGCAGUGGCCAGUGUCACUCAACGGACACGGUCAAGAACACCCUCGACCCGAAAUGGAACUCCCAUUACGAUUUGUAUAUUGGGAAAUCGGACACGAUCACGAUCACCGUGUGGAACUACAGGAAAGUGCAAAAGAACAAAAACAGUGGUUUCUUGGGUUGUGUUAAAAUUGUGAAUUCGCUGAUACAACGUCUGAAGGAUACAGGAUAUCAGUGUCUCGACUUGGGUAAGGCAUCGCAGGACGACACGGAACCGGUGAAAGGCCAGAUAAUCGUUUCGCUGUUAAGUAGAGAUGGCCCGUGCGGCGGCACGCCUCUGGCCAUCGUCGGCCCGCUGGGAGAUCUACGCGGUCCCGCCGCCGGUCUCGUGCACCACAACCAAAAUCAGCGUCGUCACGACGACGACAACGCGACACUAGACGAUCAGCUACAGCUGCCCGAAGGUUGGGAAGAGCGACGAACGCCGAACGGUCGACCUUAUUACGUGAAUCACAACACCAGGUCGACACAAUGGAUCAGACCGCAGGCCGGCGGCGGCAAGACACCCAGACUUCAGCAGCCGAGCAACAGAGCCCGGGUUAACAACAACAAUAAUGUGAAUGGUGGGACUCUGGAGAACGACAAUACGGACAACCAUAGAGACCAGGAACCGGCAGCGACGUCGCCCACCCUGAACAACAACAAUAAUCCUCCGUCAGAGCCGCCAUCGCCGGCCAGUCCGCCAAGUUCGAGUACGGCUCCCACAUCGCCUGUCGUCACACCCCAGAAAGAAACCGUCGCCAGUCCCAUUCGUCCCGCCCCAUGCGUCCCAACAGCAAACACCACCCCGACUUUCGCACCAGUAUCGCCUACGAGCACCGCUGUGGUACCCGCCCCCAACAACAUCAGUUCGAACGCCAACAGCGCCGUGGUUAUAAGUAACGGCAAUGUCGUGAAUCCUGGCUCGCCGAGUGGCGGCGUACUGCCGACGCAGAACGGACUGCUCAGCCCGCAGAGUGGUUCAAGGGCGGUCUUGAGGGAGAGGAGGCAAAGAGGCGCGGAGGAGAGGCGCGACGGUUCCAGCAGGAGACGUUCGGGAAGAGGAAACAGGAACAGCGGCCACGGUAGCGGUGCGCAGCUCGCACAGCCCCAGAUCAACGGUGCACCGCAGUCAGCGCCCCAGCCAACCAAUAUGGAUCUACCACCUGGUUACGAAUUGAGAACGACACAACAAGGUCAGGUAUAUUUCUUUCAUAUACCGACCGGUGUGUCCACAUGGCACGACCCAAGAAUCCCGAAAGAUUUAACUACCCUCAGCUUCGCUUUGGACCACUUAGGACCUUUGCCGCAAGGAUGGGAAAUGAGACAAACCAACACUGGAAGGAUAUACUUCGUAGACCACAACAACCGCACUACCCAGUUCACGGAUCCGCGUCUCAACACUCAAAUUCUAAACAACAUCCUGCGACGGUCCAGCGUACCAUCCGAGGCCGCUGCGCCGGUGCCGUCUGUCGCUACUACCUCUACGACUUCGACAGUCUCCGCCGCCCCAGCUACUACCGCUCCAGCAGUCGCGCCGACUGCCGUCACGCCGACGAUUGCAGAAACGUUGUCCGUGCCGCCGCAGACUGCCGUCCCAGUAAGUCCUCCAAGAACUAGACCACACGAAAUCGAUCUACCACAAGGUUUACUAAACGAAUCGGAACAUCUACCGAAAUACAGGCGGGAUUUAGUAGCGAAACUGAAAGUUUUAAGAGCAGAAUUGAUCGCGUUGCAGCCGCAAAGCGGUCAUUGCAGAUUGGAGGUAUCGAGAAACGAGGUGUUCGAGGAGAGUUAUAGACUAAUAAUGAAAAUGCGCCCGAAAGAUAUGCGCAAACGACUGAUGGUGAAGUUCCGCGGAGAGGAGGGCCUCGAUUAUGGAGGCGUGGCCCGCGAAUGGCUUCAUUUACUCUCGCGCGAGAUGCUCAAUCCGCAAUACGGACUGUUCCAAUACUCGCGUGACGACCAUUACACACUACAAAUCAACCCGGAUUCAUCUGUGAAUCCUGUGCAUCUGUCUUAUUUCCAUUUCAUCGGGAGAAUAUUGGGAAUAGCUGUUUUCCACAAUCAUCAACUGGAGGGGGGAUUCACGUUGCCGUUUUAUAAACAACUGUUGAAUAAGCCUAUCACAUUGCAAGAUAUUGAAGGAGUCGAUCCUGAUUUGCACAGGUCCCUCACUUGGAUGCUGGAAAAUAAUAUUGAUGGAGUCUUGGACACAACAUUCUCUGUUGAAAACAAUAGCUUCGGCGUUCUCAAAGUCCACGAAUUGAAACCGAACGGAGCAUCAAUAGCCGUUACGGAAGAUAACAAGCGAGAAUACGUUAAACUGUAUGUGAAUUAUCGUUUUAUGCGCGGCAUAGAACAACAAUUCCUGUCCCUUCAAAAAGGUUUCACCGAAUUGAUUCCGUCCGCGUCGCUGCGUCCGUUCGACGAACGUGAAUUGGAACUGGUAAUUAGCGGAAUUGGAUCGAUCGACAUUGCCGAUUGGAGAUCGCAUACUAGAUUGAAGCACUGUACACCCGAGACGCCGGUUGUUCAAUGGUUUUGGCAAGCCGUCGAGUCGUAUAGCGAGGAAAUGCGUGCAAGAUUGUUACAGUUCGUUACUGGUUCGUCCAGGGUUCCCCUCCAAGGUUUUAAGGCCUUGCAAGGUUCAACAGGGGCCGCCGGUCCAAGGUUGUUUACAAUCCACUGUGUAGACGUGCCUCCACAGAAUUUGCCCAAGGCGCACACUUGCUUCAAUAGGAUCGAUAUACCGCCUUACGAUAGUUAUCAGGUGCUACUCGACAAACUAACGCAAGCUGUUGAAGAGACUUGCGGCUUUGCCGUCGAAUGAUUGUAGACUGAAGGUGUCGUGCGCUCCGUGACCACUACAGAGCACCGGGACACCUCCUGUUUUUUAAUUAAUUGAUCGUUCUCUCGUUAUUUUUUUUUUGAGCAUCAUAUCUAUAGAGCUGUGUUAAGUAGAAGGUAUCUGCCUUUCCGAAGACUGUUCGCGGUGCCUUUUCUUGUUCGCUGUCGGUUAUUUCACCUCGUGUGACUGUGUGGGUGUGCAAAUGAUCUAGUUCCCUUCGUUCGGAUUAUUUGCGCCCCUCAUUCAUAGCCUUAAUCACAAGUGCCUAAUGCUAGUCAAGUUUUUCAAUUUCACGCUUCAAGCACACGGAGCAAUUUUAAGAUCAAACACGAAAACAUUUUUAGCAUGUGGUUGGGGGAUGUUUCUUUAAGAUGUUAGAAGAUACAGUUUUAUGUAAACAGAUGCCGGUUUCAUUGUAAAACUUGAGAUAAAAGUACAAUUUUCGUCUGAAUAGUACAAAUGAAUAUAGUUCAUCAGUAUGUGUUAUUUGCCAUACAUACAAUUAUAUUGACUUGAGGACCAGCUACUAUAUCUUCUGCACAAGCACAUUUAUUUGAUUAUAUAAAAUUUUGAAAGAAAAGAUUGUGAUUUUAACAGUAUAUUUACAAUUUAUUGCAGUACCUAAACAAAAUACAUUUACAGUGUUGUACACUGUUUAUAUUUAUAGAACAUUAACAAGUGUAUUUUUUCAUCAUAGUGUUCACUUAGGUUAUGGGUUAUUUACUUUACCGGACAUUUUUAAAAACAGGCAGAAAUUUAAUGAUAUUGAUAUUUUAAAACAUUAAGUUUUUGCUUCUGGAUAGGCGGGAGUGUAGGGUAAACUGAAUAAUGGAUUAUAUAUAAAAAUUAGUUUAAUUUAUUGUAUAUUUCGUUAAAAAUUGAACUGUAUUUUUUGUAUAUUUUCAAAGCAUUCACAAUAGUUUUAGUUAAUUUUUAUAAGUGACAGAUAAAAUACUCUGAUUGUAAAUAUUUAGAUUUAAAUAACGUUACUUGUUUAUAAAAUAUAUAGUGAUAAACUCUAUUGUGGUUUAAUGUUAAGAUUUUUUGUAUAUUAUUGUAAUAUUGAACAAAAUUAUAUUUUAAAAAUAUUUUGUAAA